UGCAGGCGCGGAGCCGGCGGCGCACGGCGGCGGAAGCCGGGGCGGCGGACGGCGGCGAGCGGGGCGGCGGGCAGCGCCAUGCGGGCGGCCGCCUGCCUCCUCUCCCUGGCGCUCUGCGCCCUGCCCGCUGCCCCAGGAGGCGCCGGGCCGGCGGCGGCGACAGCGACAGCGGGGCGGCGGGGCGAGAGCCGCUUCGCGGAGCGAGAGAGCAUCAGGCCCCUGCGGCUGGUCUCCGGCGGCGAGGGCGGCGGCGGCGGGGCGCGGCGGCCGGCGCUGAGCACCCGGGUGCGGAGCGGCGCGGCGCGGACGCAGUCUACCCACAUUGCUCGAGCCAGCUUCCAGGUUGAUGCUUUUGGAUCGUCUUUCAUCCUAGAUGUGACGCUAAACCAUGACCUGCUGUCUUCUGAAUAUCUUGAGAGGCAUAUCGAGCAAGGUGGGAAGACAGUGGAAGUUAAAGGAGGAGAACAUUGCUAUUAUCAGGGAGAAAUUAGAGGAAAUCCUGUAUCAUUUGUUGCCUUGUCAACAUGCCAUGGAUUACAUGGGAUGUUCUAUGAUGGAAAUCAUACUUACCUUAUUGAGCCAGAUGAAAACUACACUUCAGAUGAUGACUUCCAUUUCCACUCUGUUUACAAAUCCAAGUUGUUUGAGUUUCCUUCGAAUGACCUGCCAUCUGAGUUCUGGCAAACGAAUACUACAUCCCAGAAGUUUGUUGUAAAGCCAAGACACAAAAGAAGUAAAAGGCAGGUUCGUCAGAUUCCACGUAAAAUUGAAGAGGAAACAAAAUACAUUGAGUUAAUGAUUGUAAAUGAUCAUCUAAUGUGUAAAAAGCACCGCUUGUCAGUCGGCCAUACAAACAGCUAUGCUAAAUCAGUUGUGAACAUGGCAGAUUUAAUAUAUAAGGAACAACUUAACACCAGGAUAGUAUUGGUUGCCAUGGAAACCUGGGCUACUGAUAACAAGUUCACCAUAUCUGAAAACCCCUUGGUGACCCUACGUGAGUUUAUGAAAUAUAGGAGGGAUUUUAUCAGAGAGAAAAGUGACGCAGUUCACCUUUUUUCGGGGAGUCGCUUUCAGAGCAGUCGAAGUGGUGUAGCCCACACUGGUGGAAUCUGCUCCUUGCUUAAAGGCGGAGGUGUGAAUGAGUUUGGAAAACCAGACUUAAUGGCAGUUACCCUGGCACAGACCUUGGCCCAAAACAUUGGCAUUUUCUCAGACAGAAGAAAACUUAUAAGUGGUGAGUGUAAGUGUGAGGACACGUGGUCUGGAUGCAUAAUGGGAGACACGGGGUAUUAUCUUCCAAGCAAGUUCUCCAAGUGUGAUAUUGAAGAGUAUCAUGAAUUUUUAAACAAUGGAGGUGGAGCCUGCCUUUUCAAUAAACCAACCAAACUUCUGGAUCCUCCAGAAUGUGGCAAUGGCUUUGUGGAAGAUGGAGAAGAGUGUGACUGUGGGACGAUAGCGGAGUGUGCCAGCGAAGGAGGAGAGUGCUGCAAUACUUGCACCCUGACGGCAGGCUCCCAGUGCAGCAAUGGGCUUUGCUGUCGGAAGUGCCGGUUUGAACCUAAAGGAGUUUUGUGCCGAGAAGCAGUGAAUGAUUGUGAUAUUGCAGAGAACUGCACAGGAAAUUCCAGUCAGUGUUCUCCCAAUAUUCAUAAAAUGGAUGGAUAUUCAUGUGAUAACAAGCAGGGUAUUUGUUUUGGAGGAAGAUGUAAAACCAGGGACCGGCAGUGUAAAUAUAUCUGGGGUGAAAAAGUGACAGCUGCUGACAGGUACUGCUAUGAGAAGCUGAAUAUUGAAGGGACUGAGAAAGGAAACUGUGGAAGAGACAAGGACUCUUGGAUACAGUGCAAUAAACAAGAUGUGCUUUGUGGAUACCUUCUGUGCUCCAAUAUAUCCAGUGUGCCUAGACUUGGAGAACUUGAUGGAGAAAUCACAUCAUCAGUCUUGCAGUUUGGAAAAGUCUACAAUUGCAGUGGUGGCCAUGUGAAACUUGAUGAGGAGACGGACCUGGGCUAUGUGGAGAAUGGGACGCCGUGCGGGCCAAACAUGGUAUGCCUUGAGCAUCGCUGCCUCCCCACUGAGGCCUUCAACUUCAGUACCUGCCCAGGCACCACAGGCAGCCAAAUUUGUUCAGGACACGGUGUUUGUAGCAAUGAAAUAAAGUGUGUCUGUGACCGAUUCUGGGGAGGAGAUGACUGCAGUUCUCGUAUCAAAGAUGAUCUAUUUUUUGAUAAAGAUGCCAUCAAUAAAGGUGUUGUUAGCACAAAUAUAAUAAUAGGGGCUAUUGCUGGCACCAUUUUAGUGUUGGCUCUCGUUUUAGGAAUAACUGGUUGGGGUUACAAAAACUACAGAAGACAGAGACAAAUACCCCAGGGAGAUUAUGUAAAAAAGCCUGGAGAGGCCGACUCUUUUUAUAGCGACAUGCCUCCUGGAGUCAGCACAAACUCUGCAUCUAGUUCUAAGAAGAGGUCAAAUGGAUUAUCUCAUUCCUGGAGUGAAAGGAUCCCAGACACAAAACAUAUUUCAGACAUUUGUGAAAAUGGGAGGCCUAGGAGUAAUUCUUGGCAAGGUAAUAUAGGAGGAAACAGAAAGAAAGUCAGAGGCAAAAGAUUUAGGCCACGGUCUAAUUCAACUGACAGGGUAACCCAUGCAUCUGAGCCUGGGCUUUCUCUCGCCCACCAAAUCCCGGCCCAAGGCAUAAGCCCAGGGGGUUCUGACCACCCCCAAACAGGGAGUCGGGAUCACAGGACACUGUCUCCUGCAAAGUCUCCAUCUUCGUCCACUGGAUCUAUUGCUUCCAGCAGAAAAUACCCUUACCCGAUGCCACCGCUUCCUGACGAGGAGAAAAAAGCCAACAGGCAAAGUGCCAGGCUAUGGGAGACGUCCAUUUAGCUGCACUGUUUUCCUGGGGUGACAUCAGAACUGUUUACUUCGAAUUUUAUAGAAACUCAGCGUCACUGAGUCAUUGCACAUUCAUCUGCUCUUCAGACAAUUUGAAAGCUCAACAGAGAUGCUCGUGGUCACAGUGAGCACCUCCUUUCACCUGGAAGGGAAAAAAGCAGUCAUUUUUUUCUUUCUUUUUUGUUGACUAGUAUUUUAUGGAUUUGAUGAACAACCGAAAUCAUAACAAUUAACAGGGGAUAAUUAGCCCGGAUGUGACAAGGCUAUUCUGCAUGAUGACAGAUAAACUUACCUAGAAUCCCAGCUGCAGUCCAUUUGCCAGUCCCGCGUAAGAGAGGUUUUUCUCUGGUUUAAUGCAGUCCUGAGUCAGACCAGAGUGGAACUGGGAACACACCUCAUGGAGAGCCCAGCCGAUGUAAACUUGUACGCUGUAUGCAUGAACCUUGUGUUCUUUACUUUCCACAUGUAAGGGAUAAACGACAUACUGUAGUAGAAAUUAGCAUGCAGGAGUAAGAAAUAUAGGAUUUUUUUGUGACAGGAUUUCAAGCUUUGAAAGGCAACUAUUUGACACAAAUGUCAAACAAACAAGGAUUACAUCUUUUUUUUUUACCUUAUGUGUUUAUAAUCUCAGUAUACAGAUUGUAUAUAUGUAAACAUUUGAUAAUGUCAAAAAUAGCUGUUAUACAUAAUUGUAUUUUGCCAAAUGCCGAAAGAAACAGUCAUGACUAACAUCAUCACACUUCAAAUUUUCUAAUAUUACGAGCAGACAACUUUGGAAAUACAGAAAGUACAGUACUGUAAAACCGUGUCUCUCGGAAACUGGUGUUUGACCAAAAUCUGUACUAUCUUUUCAGUAUCUUAUACUGUCUUGACAAUCUCAGUUGUAUGGUAGACUGCAGAAACCGGUACAGCAGCACUUUGUCUUAAAUCAUUGUAAGAGGAACCAGCCAAAAUACGUUGUUCAGUGAGAUGACCAGUGUAUCCUCUCACAGCUGUAAUCAAGAAUGAUUUGGCAGACAACAGAGUCUUUGAGUAAUACGCAGUUCAAACUUACUGGACAUUUGGGAAUACUUCUAAGUAGUCAAUUCAAGAUGUGGUGAUGUGAAGUCCUCCUGGUGAGAGUUGCUGUGUAUUUUUGAUAGAGCAUUUCAGACACUUUUAGAUGGCAAGGCGUAGCUUAUGAGAAGCAUAACGAUUUCACUGCACUAGAUAAUAACAGUGCUGGGCAAGUGGCCAGUUUCAUUGCUGUCUUUUAAUUUCUGUUACUGGAAUUGCCUUUACCGUGCGCUUGAACGCUAUGCUUGCUGCCCCUGAAGGCCCCUUGACAAUUUUUUGGGGCAUUAAACUGAGUACAAGUGAGUUUAGCCUAAAAAAGCAGGGUGUGGGAGAACAAAUCUUUUACCAUGGAGAUGUUAAUCUUGUGUAUAAGUGGAUGGUUAGUUCUCUAACACAUGAGACUUCUAAAGGUUGUUGUAAAACAAAUGUCUUUUGGUUAGGAAUUUUCAGUCAGUAAGAAACUGGACCAUAUUAAAUCAGUUUAUAAUUCUCCAGCUUUCCAAAAUUGACUAAUUCUUAGCUUCAGGUAGUACCAUUGCAGAAUAAAACACCUGAUUCUGUGUGGUGCAGUUGAAUACCUUGCCCAACAGCUGUAUGAUCAAUUAGAUACUAUUGUAAUGGGAACAUCUACGGUGUUUCUGAAUCUUCUACCUCUUUCAUGCAUUUCCUUUAAUAAGUGAACCCAACACUUGCAGCCUUUUAAUAUAUUUUUUUACCUUUUAAGUCUCUUGAUAAAGUCAGAUAUAUGUAAGAUUAAAUUAAGAAAUGUUUAAAGAUGUCAGCAACUGUAAAGUAUGCAAGAUUUUUAGAAGCACUAUAUUUUAGGAUUAGGCUGUAUGUUGGAUUAUGACAAAAUACUGGCCUUGGUGUUCAAAUGAUUUUCCUUCACAGUCGACAGGUUCUGGUAAGUAUUUUGGAAAAAGACAAAUAUGAGUGAGCACUAGUGCAUGCAGACAGACCAUCUGGGAGGAGCCAGUCACUUGUAAGUGCUUUUGGAAAAGAUUCUGCACUUUUGUGAGGAGUUAAUGUCCGUCAGCACUGAAGAAUAUUUUUUGCAAAGAUUUACUUUGAGUGUAGGUAACUGGAUGAAAGACAGUUGGCAGCAUGUAGCUCAUGAAGUUAGGGUCUGAGCCAUAAUCACUUGAAAUCAGUAUGUCUUCUAUUGAUUUCACUGGACUUUGAGCAGGACCCUCAAGGAGUUCAACCACAUUAGGACAUUAUGCUAACCUGAUAGCCGCUGUGUUACUCUGUCACCUGGAAGCUGUUUUUCCCUCCCAUACUAGUACCUUGUCUUUAGUAACUGGCCUGUUCAUCAUAUGCCUUUUAUGGUAUUUUGUUUGGAUACAAACUGGCAUGUAGUUCUGAAUAAUCCUAUUAGAUUUCUGUGCAUAUUUUAUGUUUACCACUGUUUACUCUUCCCUUUCCAUUUGCCUUAUCAAGAAGCAGCAAGAUGUGGCAGACAGAACUGCAUAUAACAUACUGGCUCUUUGUGUAAUGUUCAUAGCUUUUUGUUUUGCUAACAAAUGGCUCUCCUGAUGAAUUUUCAAUGUAGUAUGUACUUUUAGCUUCUCUCUUGUUUUGGUAUAAUUCAUUUGUAGCAUAUGAUGAUACAGUUAUGUGUGUAGUCUAACAGUCACUUUCAUGUUUGGAGAUAUGUAGUGACUGGAAGUCUAGUUAUGAGCACUAAGUUUAAGUUAAAUAAAUAUUGACUUCCACUUUGAUGGCCUAGAGUGAGAACAUCACAGGACUUGGGUCUUUGCAAAACUCUUCUGCAGGGAACUUUGCAUUGGGUUGGUAACUUAGAGACCUUGUCGUUGCACAAAACCUGAGCUGGCAGGGCUGUGUGAGCCUCCAAAGCCAAUGCAGGUUAAAGAGAGAAGUUGUUUGCUUACAUUCUGUGGGUUCCUACUUUUAAAAUGUAGUGUGUUGGAAAGCUGCCAGAUUAAUAACCUUGAAGACUGCAAACAUUUUUAUCCACUGCAGUUAGUUACACUGGCAAUAGCAAUAUAAAUUGCCGCAUAAUACCUCAUCCAGUCUAAAAUAAGUACUUGUAUUGUCAGUAAGAUAGCUCAGUCAUUUUGACUCAUUGAGACUCAUGCUUUUGUUUUUCUUUUUACUUUAAUAAAUGAACUAGUUAUUUCUAGCUAUGCUGUAGAUGCCUGUUGAAGUGGGGAGGUUAUCAGUUCUUCUCAAAUAGAAGUAAUUGUCCAUAUGAGCAUAGGACCUGCAGGAUGAGCUAUACUUAAGUUAGUGUUAUGUAUUUCAACGUGGGAGAAGAAUCUUGUAUGAUUUAAAAUAAAAUUAAUAUGACUAACUGAUGGAGACUGGAAAACCGAGAUUGUAUCCAAAUAAUAACGCUGCACAAUGAUGCCACAGUUUAACAAGUAAAAAUUUACCUGCUAAUUCUGAAUUUGUUGAGUUACGAACUUCAGUAAUCCAUACUAUAGACUUUGGUGAAUAUACUCAGGCAAUAUACCAGAAAUGGUUGUGAUGGAUAAUUUACAUACAGUUUUGUUAUAUUUAAAUCAGAGUUUUAAGGAGGUUGUUAAUUUUUAUACAGCCUAUCUUUGCUUAAGUUGUGAACUUAAGUCACCAAUUGCCAAUUACCCAUUUGAAGUGUGACUUGACUUUGAAGAUAGCUUACUUCCAAAUGAUUUAAGAGUUCCUGAUUUAUGAGAUGUUGAACCUGCUAAGCUCAUGCACUUAUUAGGUAAUUUUGGUUGUUCAUUAGCACAAACGGACCUUUGAGCUAUAGCCUGAAUUAAAAUCAAAAAGAAAUUGUGUCAGUAGCUAGUGUACUGAAGUCCUCUUACCUGAAUCCCUGUUCCUGGUUUUAAAUGAACCAAGUGGUCUUGUCAACACCAAUGUGACAAUCGUUUUCAAAACCAGAGCUAAGAAUAGGUACAUACACUGUUACACGCAUGCAUGUACUACAAAUUCUGACCAAAUGUGCAGUCAUUUCGUUAAUGAACAGGAUAGGGUGUAACGUGAAAGAAUGAUGAGACUCUAUAAUCCUACAGGAUAACAAGCUGGCUCUUAGGACUUGCCCUGUCAUUGAAUCCCACACCUAGCCGUUGUAAGCAAAAUUAUCACACUCCAGUGUAAAACUCAGCAAGCUCCUGUUCUCUUCUCUUUCAUCCCCUUUCUGCUCCUACUGAAAAGCAUUUCCGUGAAUGAUAAUUACAUCCAGUAAGAACCUCUUGUGUUAGUUGGCUAAGAUCAAAAAGGUGCUAAGUUUGUCACCUUUCCACACAGUGGCCUGGAUAAGGUCUUUCCAGUGCUGUUAAUACAUCUUUUGCUCUUGCUACAGUGUAGGUGAUGGAGCCUCACGUCUCAUGUGUGAUUUGCACUGGUAAAACCAUUUGGUGGCUCAGUCAUCCUGUGUCUUUCUCACCCUCUUGCACUGUUGAAGGCCAAGUCGGUGAACCUAAAAGUUGUGCUGUGUCCUACUUCUCUUGCUGCAAGUCUGAAGAUCAUCCAUUUCUUUCUCUAAGUUAUCUGAGUAUCUAUCUGUAUCAUUAGCAGACUGUUUGGGCCACUGUUAUCAACCACAGUGUGAGGUUAUUUGCCUUGUUUUUAAAGAGCCUGAGCAUUCUGGUCUUCUCAGAAGCCAUUUUUUUGUCCAGAAUGGAUUAUCCAUCAGACAGCUGAGCUGAUGACCCACUAUUUGUAUGGCUUCCAAACCAUAUGAGACAUCAGCAAUACGGGAUUUGACUUUGAUCAGAUUUCCCGAAGACAGAUAUGAAUAAACUGCACACAUAUACACAGCUUGUCAUCCCAUGACUGCAUGGUGGGGUAACGUUCCUGUGUGCACAUAACUGUUAUUCUAAUAGAGCAGGAAAAAAGGAAAUGGUGAAACUGAGUGUGUAGGCACAGUUGCAAUACAGAUAGGACUCUUAAGUGUGAUUUCAACAGGAAAUUAAGUAAUACCUCCUAUCAUCUACACUAAAAAACUCCUUUGACCUGAGUAUUUUCCAAGUUGGCUUACGAAAAUAUUUCUGGUGCCUCAAGUAUGGAUGCUGAUGUAAACUAAAGCUUUGGAAACAGUAGCUCAUACACCCAGCAGGUGGUAUCUUGUCAUUCCACAACUUUUCUGCAACUAUUUGGAAAAGCACUACAACAGUUAACACUAAUAUGUUAUCUCAGCCAAGUAACAAAAACAAGCAGUAAAAGUACGUUCAGAACACAGAAAUGUGGUUGUUUGCUCACACUUGAGAAACUUUGUGCCCAACUUCAAAAUUGGCUCACCUAGCCAGGUCUGGUGGUUUUAGUUCUCUAAAAUCCAAUCUACACCAGUUUCAAAAUCACUUUAGCUAAGCCAGCUUUAAACUGUUUAAAAACUUCUGCUACGUAGACAGACUGUAAUUGCAAUAUAACUCAGAAUGAGAUGAGGAAGAUGGGGGAAAAUAAGCGCAGAGCACUUAAAAAGAAACACAUUCUCUAAGGGAGAAGUAUAGGUGUCUUACACUAUUUUUAAUUACUAGAGCAUAAAAUGUUAAAGCAACAAGCUAAUUUUUUUUUAAUUCUGUAUUCCUCUGAAUAAAAAAAAAAAGUUUUGGUUAAAAAAAAUCUUAACAUGAGGCCUUAAGACCUUAUAUAUUCUAACUUUAGCAUGGAGAGUCUAUUUUUACAACCACGUUAGAAAUUCUGUAUAUAGGCCUGACUGACCUUGUAAGUAUAGUGGUGCUAGCAGCUAAUCAUGCAAUAUCAUAAGGCUCUGUAUAACAGUAAAUGCUGAUUUAUUUUGAUUAUUGGUGCAAGGACUCCUGCUCACUGCCUGUGUAGAGACUCUGCAUAUUUUAUGCUUGGAAAUACAGUCCAGAACAUAUUCAAACUGUGAAUAUAUAACCUGAUUUUUCUUUUCUUAAGGGUAAAAAUAUAUUACAAUAGGUAAUGUUUUAUAUAGAAUACAGUACUUAUUUUUAUUGUUGCAUAAAUGCAAAAUAUUUUUUUCAGAAUAGCAAAGCAUUACAGAAUUUUUAAUCCGCUGGAGAAAACAGUAUUUACAGUAUGACCAGUUCUUUCAGCAAAGCUUUUGGGGUGGUAUAUACCAAUUGGCUCUGCCAGCUUCAUUUUGUGCUAAUGUUUAUCUUCAGCAUUGCUGUAAAAAAAGGCUAUCUAUUUUUUCACUCAUACUAGCCCUUAUUGGUAAAACAUUUAGAGAGGCAAGGAGAAUCACUUGAAGAGGCUGGGCUAGUAUUAGCAAAAACAACCGAUCUAUACCAUAUUGUUGUCUUUGCUAGUUAAAAUCCUUUAAAGAACAUACCUGAUGUAAUAGAAACUAAGAUUUUGACAAACACCAAAAUGAAGCAUUGCAAUUUACAACUUUCUAGCUUUGAGUGUGAUAUUUUUGUCAUAAACAUUACAGGCAUUGGGCUGUUGAAGUGAAUGAAUCUGGCUUUCAUGUAGCUAAACAAAAUGUUGCUUUUUAUAAAAUAAAAUCAUUGUAAUUUGGGGUUCUAAAUUCCUGCUCACUUUUAAUAACAGCAUCACAGUAUCCACUUCUAUCAGAGUAUUUAAUACAAAUGCCUGUGGUUUUCAAUGUUACUAACAUAUUGUAACAUCAGUAAAGUGACUUUCAAUGACAAA